CAUCUUAGCCUGCAGUGCGCAUGACAGUUAACGUUGUCUUCCGGUAGGAGCUCAACAGACAGCAGAGAUGUCUGCUUCCCUGGGGCUACGUCUUCUCUAUUGCUACUCCAAGACAGGCACGUUGGGAUGCACCAGUGUACGUCCCUUCAGCGUCGGCCUGCAACGCAGUGGCUUCAAGUAUGUUAAUGCUGUGGAGCAGCCGACAGACCUCAAGUCCAUCACUGACCGUGCUGCAACGACUCUACUAUGGACUGAACUCUUCAGAGGAUUGGGUAUGACCAUGAGUUACCUCUUCCGUGAACCAGCGACCAUUAACUAUCCCUUUGAGAAAGGUCCGCUCUCCCCUCGCUUCCGUGGGGAGCACGCCCUCCGUCGCUACCCCAGCGGGGAGGAGCGCUGCAUUGCUUGCAAGCUCUGCGAGGCCAUCUGCCCCGCUCAGGCCAUCACCAUUGAGGCCGAGACUCGAGCUGACGGCAGCAGAAGGACCACACGCUACGACAUUGAUAUGACCAAGUGCAUCUACUGUGGUUUCUGCCAGGAAGCCUGCCCUGUGGAUGCCAUUGUUGAGGGUCCGAAUUUUGAGUUUUCAACAGAAACACACGAGGAGCUGUUGUACAACAAGGAGAAGCUGCUUAACAAUGGAGACAAAUGGGAGGCUGAGAUUGCAGCCAAUAUCCAAGCUGACUACCUGUACAGAUAGACUGCUAGGGUGUAGCUGCCUGGCCAAGCUGUCUGUGUGUGU